CCCCAUUGACGAGGGUUCUCUUUUAAGUGUAACAACUGUUGCGGUGUUACACGAUUACAGGCUCGGCAUUAGUUCUAAUUUUUUCAUGUUCAGUUAUGGAAGGCAGACGUGGACGCGGUGGGCAUUGGAAAAGAGGAGGUGGUGCUGAGUCCGGCAGUUCGGGAGAGCACAGGGGUCGCGGAAGAGGAGGACACCACCAUCGUGGAAGAGGCAAACGGGAUCAUCGUAGAGGAAGAGGGCGAGAUUUUGGGCCUCCUGCAGACUUUAGAGUCUUUCGACGAAAUCAAGAUGACAGUGAGAACAAAGAAAACAUUGAGCAAGAGGAGGAGGACAACACCUUCUCUAGACGAAAGCUUGAGCCCAACUGGGACCGUUAUGAGGAAUUGGAGAAAGAAGAAAUGAAUGAAGAUGUUCCCACACAGAGAGGCACAGACUAUCAUGUCCUCCUCACUUCAGCUGGGGACUCGUUCACACAGUUCAGGUUCUCUGAUGAGAAGGACUGGGAGAUGGACUCACUGGCAAAAAAUCAGAUUCCAGCUCUGUUUAUAGACCUGCCAGCUUUAACUCAGUCACUUCAAGAGCUUUCACUGCACACAAGACUGAACCUGGAGGCUGAGCUUGUGCAGUUGACGACUCCUGUUGAACUGCAGUCCGUAACAGUGCCUCACAGAACUGACUCGACUCUAACAGCUGGACUGAAAGCUUCUCAGGCAGGCCCAGAGUCAGGCCUGGGCGUUUCCUGCAGUGUAAAGCCUGCUUCAGGUACCACACCGUCUCUCUGUGUCUCCACAGCCGUCCCUCCUGCCACAGAUGAUGCUGACCAGGAGCUCGACCUUCUCCUCAACUUGCAGAAACCCAUCACAGAAAUUACUUCAGACAAAUCCCACGCUAUAUCAGAUGAUGUGCUAAACACCUCGACACAAGGUUCGGAGGAAAAAGAGAGAAAAGCUCAAAUAGCUGAUAAGGAGGAGACAAAGCCAGAAGUGGAAAGUGAAGCUAAACCUACGAGGCAGGAAGUGACAGAGGAGGACCUGGAGGACUGGCUGGACAGCAUGCUCUCCUGAUCCCAGAGAAGCUGACUGACACUGCUGUGGAUUAAAUCACAUGCAGCUUUGCUAAUACUGACAUACUGUGACUUCUGUGCGGACGUGAACAUCACACCACGACACUUCAUUAAGUCUUAUAAUAGCCAAGACUAAUUCAGUCAUGUGGAAUAUAAAAUGCUUCUUCAAUAUAUUACUCAUAAAAGUGAUGUAAUUCUGUGUAACAGUUUUCAGACCCAUCAUAUUCUCACUCAUCAUUUGACUCCGAUUAAAAUCAGCAAUGACCGACUGGGAUUUAUUGCAUUAGCUACUUUAUUUUCAUUCCCCCUGCUCAAAACAAAUGCAAAUCACCAAAGCUACUACAUAAAUACAAAUGGCCAUACAAUAGCAGUUUACAGUAUUGACUUCUGUUCAAUAAAUGGAAUCAUUUUUGUCCUCGAAUGUAGAUUCCCAUUGUUUUGCAUUCACACUUCACAAAUCAGUUAAACACAAUUUCUGGUAUUUAACCUUAACCAAACAUUU